AAAACACUCGCGGCAGCGCGCGCCCCGCGCAAACCACGCGCUGACCCGACCCGCUAACCGGUGCCCACCGCCGUGACACGCGACACAACAGGUGCUCCGCAAACGCCGCGUACCUCGCUGCAAGCCAUUCGCCAGACUACGCGCUCUGCUGACAAGCUCCCGCCGCUCUCUGCGUUACCUCUUGUGCCGUCUGCGAGUAGAAUCACCGUGAACCAUGGCGACACAAGUGUUUGAGCAGCAGCCGCACGAUGUCUUCAAGCCGGCAGCAUGGAACAGCAAGCUGGAGUCGCCGCCGACGACGCCCAUGUCCGCCACAGCACCCGCCGCCCCCAUGAGCUACGAGAUCCGCCCACUGACGCAGCAGGAUGGCCCCCGCAUGAUAUCGUUCCUGCGGCGCCUCUUCUUCCGUGACGAACCGCUCAAUGUGGCGGUGCAGCUGGUGCAGCCGGGGGAGGAGACGUGCCGCGAGCUGGAGGAGUACUGCCUCUCCUCGCUGCCCGACGACCUGUCGCUGAUGGCGGUGGACGCGGCGUCGGGCGAGCUGCUGGCGGUCUGCAUCAACGGCAUCCACGAGCCGGGCGGAGAGGCGGAGGGGGAGGCGGCGGCUGCGCAGUGCCCCAACCCGCGCUUCCGGCGCAUCCUGCAGCUGCUCGCGUUCGUCGACGGCCGCGCCUCGGCGGCGCUCAAGCAGCGCUUCCCGGACCCGGCCGACCGCCGCCAGCUCGAGGUGCGCAUCCUCAGCGUGGACGGCGCGGCGCGCGGCCGGGGGCUCGCCACGGCACUCAUCAGCCGCACCAGUGAGCUGGCCAAGCAGCGGGGCAUACCCCUGGUGCGCGUCGACUGCACCAGCCACUACUCGGCCCGCGCGGUCGGGCGCCUCGGCUUCGAGUGCGUCUUCUCCAUGCCGUACGCCCAGUACAAGCGAGACGGGGAGGUCGUCUUCACGCCCGCCGAGCCUCACAAGGAGGUCUCCACCUACAUCAAGAGGGCCGUCUAGUGCUGCAGCAGCAGCACAAGUGUGGUGGUACGAACUGGUGGAGAGUAAAAACAAAAUAUUACUGUAUGCAACUCCAAGUACAAAAUGAGCACAGCAACUGAGUGUCCUCUAAGCUUCAGCUUAGCCCAAGGUUCAUCCACAAUUCUAUGGUAUGAUGCCUUUUCGUUUCUCCCUCAACAGGCAGCUGAUUAUUCUGUUACCUUUUCCCUCUCUCUCUCUCUCACUCACUCACUCACUCUCUCGUACUUACAUGCACACACUGUACUCGUAUUUGGGAAGACUCAGGUUCUAAUUCCCAUCUAGCUAUCCACAUCUGUGUUCUCUGUGAUUUUCUAUCACUUAUGACAAAUGCUGAGAGCGUUCCUUAGAAGAGGGCAUGAAAUACUUCCUACCCUAUUCUUCCCCCAAUCCGAACUUACGUUAUGUCUCUAAUGAUCUUAUCAUUGAUGGGAUUAUAAUGUGUCACUGAGAAUGAAAAUUGUGCUCCAAAAGCAGAUUGUAAGUCUCUCUGUCUUAAGAAGAUAUGUGAGAUAUGUGGUACUAGCUUGAACUCAAUAUCUGCCUCCGUUGCCUCUUGUCUCCCAGCCCUCCGCUCCCAGUAGAUGAAUUUAACUGAAUAGUGAGAUUAAAACUCAGUUUCAUGCUCUCUCCUACACUAACUGAAGGGAAUCACAUGUCACAAUUCCCAAACUGGCUCAAUCCUUACUUAAACAUACAACAAAAUGGUCUGGAGAGAGACUAAAAAAGUCCACUGCGCCGUAUAUAAUCUAUCCACUUCUGUGCAGGACAUUACAAAAACCUGAGGCCCCACCCACCCCAGAUAUGUUCGUGUAACAAGGAGAAAUUCUGACCUACAAAUAUAGCAAGUGUCGAUGUGAAGGUGUCACUGCUGGGAACAAGUUAUAACAAUAUCCACCCACAACAUGUACCUCUGACAAUGAUUAAAUUAAUUGUCAUAGGAGCUUCGGAAUACCCACUGGUUUGUGUUGCUUGAACUGUUAGUAGCAAACAAACAUACACAUCUCACUUUUAAUACAUUUUCUUGUAAAUGAUGUAUACUUAUGGUAGAAUAUGACAAAUUACUUACAGUGAGGUGUCAUCCAAACUGGAUACUGAUUUCUAAAGUUGCUUGUUUAUGAUUCCUUAAAAAUGUACAAAAGAAGUUAAGUAUUGUUCAUGUAGUCCUCUAUUUUGUUUAUUACUGUGGCUGUGAUGGCACACAAUAAUUUAGUUUAUUUUAUACUGCACAAAGUGUACUCUGAUGCCCUUGUAAGUGUAGUAAUGUUGCGAGUACUACACUCUAAUGUUAAGUUCCUGAUCGUAAUAUCAGAUAGAAGCUAUAAGGAUGGUCAGGAAAUGAAAAUUGUGAUGAGAGUGAUGUCAUAACAGUAACUGCAUGUUGGGAACUAAAGAUACUCAAGAGGGUUCUCCCUGUUUCUCAUCUAAUGAGUGUACUUUGUUGUGGAAAUCACUAUUUCUACUAUUCUCGGUCUUUUUUUUAUUGUAUAGUACCUGCAUCAGACGUGAAAUUCGAAAGCAAUGUUUAGCCUCAUAACAUGCCUGGCUUAUGAAUUUCUUUCCGCAAGGACCACAUUCAUAGAAUGCAUGAAGUUCAGAGUUACAUUAUAGACAUAUCUUUAUAUUGUACCAUGACUGUUAUACUGCAGUAAAUAACAAAUUUCUGAAAUAAUAACUACGCUAAAGUGCUUAUAUACUACAAGAAGAAACUGUGAGGUAAAGAAAACAACCUUCACCAGCCUUCAUUUGCAUUUUUAUGCAUACUUUAUAUGUUUCAAAAUGUCUUUGUGUGUUUCAGGAAGAUAACAAUCACUGAUCUGGCUGAUUCUACACUACAGAAACUAAAUAUUCACUAUAUUAUUUUCAUUUUUUUAUGUGAAUACAAAAUUGUUAGCUCUCUUUCUCUUUUUUCUGUCAACACAAAAACUAACUCUUUAAUUGUAUCAGUUUACAAUGGUUAAAUUUCAAAAUAUUUACUACAUAAUUUUGGCAAUGAAGCUUCUUCAUGAUCAGAACAAUGUGUAUGCAACUCUCAGAAAUUUUACACAGGUCAAUGUAGCUUUCUCCAGGAAAUGUACCUACUCAUUAAUAAUACUUUUGACAAAGACAGGCUCUUAGAAUAAUGGCUUCUCAAAAAUUUACUAACAUUAAGAUUGAUUAAGUCUUCAAUUUUCACACUGACUAUAACUACAACAUAAUGCUCCUUUUUUGAAAUAAUUCAUUAACACAGACAUGACUGCAUACAAGAUUUUUUUAGUGAGUUCUUGUCAUAUAUGGCCUUCAUCACAUCUUAUUGUCCUCAUUCAUUUCUAUGUAACUCAUCUUGUUCAAAUUUGUAUCUCUAAAGAGUUGCCUAUAACUUGCAUCAUUCAAAGGAAACCCCAAACGCUUUCCUUAGCUAAGCUAUAUGACCAGCACUGUCCAGAAAAUUAUUGAAAAGUUAUCUUAGAUCACUGAAAUUUCUGCAAAAAAGCAAUUAUGUCAAGUUUGAUAAAAAAUGGUAAUCACUGUUUGUACAUUUCAAUUAAAUUAUGGUGAUGCUAAAAGAAAUCAAUGAAUACUUGUAGCAGACAUGCUGUGCAAAAGCGAAAUACCAGUAUAACAGAACUUAGCUGUGCUGAUACUAUGAUAUAAAUUGUCAGGAAAGAAUAACUUUGAAGCAAAAUAUUUAUAUUUCUUUCGAUCAUUUACAAAGUGCAAUGAUUAUAUUUUCUGCUUCCUAAGUCUAACCUUAAAUAACAUUCCAGGAACAUUAUAAAUGUUGUAAUGUUGCAAAGUCUGUGAUAUAUGUGUCAUGCUGUACAUUGUGUGCCGUUUGUACUCUCUCCCUAACAACCUCAAAACUCUGGAAAUACAUAGACCUUUAUGCAUUAUUAAUUCAUGUUGUUAAUGUGUAAGGCAUUGUGAAAUCUGCAUGUCCUUACCUACAUUUAUAAUGUGUAUAUAAUAUCUAUUUCAUAAAAAGAAAGCACAAACUAUAUUACUCGAGUAUAAAUGGAAAGAAUAGAAUUCAUCUGUUGUUAAAGAAUAUUGUUUUGUUACAUACUCUGUAAUUUUAUUGUAUUUAUAUGUUUUGAAAG